UGGGCGCGCGUGGGGGCGCGGGGAGGGAGGGGGCGCGCGUUCUCUGGCUUGUGGGACUUCGGGCCGAGCCCCGGGCCGCCGGGAUGGCGCCUCAGCCGCCUUCGCCCCAGCUGUUGCUUCUGGCAGCCCUUGCGGGGCUCCUAGGUCCCAGUGAGGUGGUAGCCGAGCCAGAGGAGGAAGCGGGGGCCAGUUGUCCCGAGGGCCCGUGGCCUCUGCCCCCACAGGUGUCACCAAGAGUGACCUACACGCGGAUGAGCCCAUGGCCGGCUGAGGAUGUCACCUUCCUCUACCACCCCUGUGCCCACCCUUGGCUGAAGCUCCAGCUUGCCCUCCUGGCCCACGUUUGUGUGGCCCAGCCCUCACUGGCCCCGGACUCCAGCCUUACUCAGGAGCGGCCCUUGGUGCUGGCAGCAUGUGGGGUGGUGCUGGAGAUGGCAUGGAUAGAGCCAGCCUGGGCUGCCCACUGGCUGAAGAGGCGGCGGCGGCGGAGGAGGCUGAGGAAGGAGAAGGCAUGGUUCUGCACUGACGGUCUUUCUGGGUCUUCUCCCUUGGUGCCAAGGCCAGGUAGAGGGAGGCUGUGCCGGAGAGGGUGUCUGCAGGCCCCAGCUUUGGCUUUUACCCUGCGGAGCUGGCGGCCCCCAGGUGUGGAGGAGGCAGCUGGAGGGUCCAGGCACCUCUCUCCUGGCGGUGCCAAGAGGCGUGGGCUGCGGGCCGCUCUCGGUCUCCAGCCCACGCCCUCAGCCCUGAGGCUCCCCCCUGCCUCUCCACGGAGCUUGGAGGCCAAGCAGCCCAUGCCGGCAGCCCGGGGUGAGGGGAGUGAUGCCCCAUCUGUGCCCACUCUCCCCUUGAUGCAUGAGGGGCUCAGAGACAAUGCCAGCUCCAGGAUAGAGGCUCAAGUGCUCAAAGGGCAAAGCAGCCCAGGGGGCUGUACCUGUCCAAGUGAGGCUUCCCCAGCCCCUCGGGCAGCAGUGCCCCCGCGGGUAGCCCGGGGCCCUACCCCGCGCACGGAGGAGGCUGCUUGGGCGGCCAUGGCCCUGACCUUCCUGUUAGUGCUGCUCACUCUGGCCACGCUCUGCACACGGCUGCACCGAAACUUCCGACGGGGGGAUAGCAUCUACUGGGAGCCCACAGCGGACAGCCAGGACACGGUGGCUGCUGUGCUGAAACGGAGGCUACUGAUGCCCCCGCGCCGGGUCAAGCGCUCCCGCCGGAGACCCCUCCUCCCGCCCACUCCGGACAGCGGCCCGGAUGGGGAUAGCUCCGACUGACUUGACGCGAGCCCUGCCACUUUGGCGGAUUUGGUUUCGCCGCGCCUGGUGAGGUCGCGACCUCUGCCACGUGGACCCUGCGCAGGACCGCCCCCUGGUGGCCAGAUGGAGCAGUCCUGCCUAAGCAUUGCAAACGGGCUUGUUCUUAAGGUGUGGUUGG